UUCAUCAUAUCACCAGAAGUUCGUACUUUCGACUGUCUUACGUCUUACUCCAUCGUGUACGUGUCAGAGUGAAAAUAAAGCAAACUAGACAUGUCUGGACGCGGUAAAGGCAAAGCGAAGGGAAGUAAGUCGAAAACACGUUCUUCAAGAGCUGGUUUGCAGUUUCCCGUCGGCAGAAUUCACCGUUUGCUACGAAAGGGAAAUUACGCAGAACGAGUUGGCGCUGGAGCUCCCGUUUACAUGGCCGCCGUAUUAGAAUACCUGUCGGCAGAAAUACUAGAACUGGCUGGGAAUGCUGCUAGAGACAACAAGAAGUCAAGAAUCAUUCCCCGUCAUCUUCAGCUGGCUGUUCGAAACGACGAGGAACUGAACAAGUUGUUGGCUGGUGUCACAAUUGCUCAGGGAGGCGUACUGCCAAACAUUCAGGCUGUGUUGUUACCUAAAAAAUCUGAGAAAGGAAGCAAGGCCGCCCACUAGAAUUCGGAUUGAAACUUAAGUUCAUAAGUUUCCCAACCCGGCCGUUGAGUUCGCAAACACAAGGGAAAGACCUUCAUUGCUAUUUCAUUGCUAUCGACUUGUACAGCCUGAGACAGUAAAUAAUUAAGACUUAAUGCAAGACAUUUUAAGAACUAGCGUUCGCACGCUAUGAAUUUCAAUAUCGAGUUACAGAUAAACUAUAAGAAAAUAAGCUUUUUGUUUUUCUUUUGCUUGAAUUGUGGAUAAUUUGUCAAUUCAGUUAACCGAGCACUUUGUUUGAACAUCUCACGGUUUGUCUGAACAUUUCAGAGGACAUAAGUGAGGGAAAAUUCCGUUUAUCUUUGCAGUAUCGAUCAGGGACACUGAUGUUAUUUAUAUGACUUUAUAAAUGCAAUGUUCAAUGUUUAAA